UUCUGCACCGCAAAAAAUGACUAAUAGUCGUGAGAACAACAUCUAUUUGGCUAAGAUCGCCGAACAGGCAGAACGGUUCGAUGAGAUGGCUGAGGCUAUGAAAGCCGUGGCCGCUAUGGAGGUCGAUUUGACUGUUGAAGAGCGAAAUCUUUUUUCGGUUGCGUACAAAAAUGUAGUCGGUGCUCGUCGUUCCAGCUGGCGUAUGGUGUCUGGUAUUGAACAAAGAGAUCUAUUGAAGGGUAGCGAAGAACAUGUUAAGAUUGUGAGGGAUUAUCGGAAAAAAAUAGAGAAGGAGCUUGAGAGUAUUUGCUAUGACGUUCUUGAGGUGCUCAAUAAGCACAUAGUUCCUUACUCCGUAUCUAGGGAAUCGAAUGUUUUCUUUAAAAAGAUGUGCGGCGACUAUUUCCGUUAUCUUGCGGAGAUUAAAUCGCCCAACGAUAAGGACCGUGCUGAUGUGGUCAGCAGUGCCGGUGAGGCAUAUCAGUGCGCUACGGACAUAGCAAAGGAGUUUCUUCCCACUCAUCCUAUCCGUCUGGGGUUAGCGUUGAACUAUUCAGUUUACUACUAUGAGAUCAUCGGGGACUCAGACAAGGCAUGUUUCAUUGCCAGGAAAGCCUUUGAAGAUGCCAUGGCGGACUUGGAUAGUUUGUCGGAAGACAGCUACAAGGACUCUACUGUGAUAAUGCAGCUUCUCAGAGACAAUCUUACCCUUUGGACUACCGAUAUGACUGGUGAUGCUGAGAAAGACGAAGAUGAAAAGCCACGUGAAUAGAGUUUCCUUUUUUCAUAUUUUUUAAUGAAUUGUUAUUCCUUCCUCUUUUGUAGGACCAUAUCAAUAAAAUGAUUUUUUCGUAGAGUCGGGAA